CAGCCGAGUCCAGGCUGCCGUCAGCAUAGCGAGUGACGCACGUACAACACACCAGGCUUCACGUGAGACCAACAGUACUGAGGAGAAUCGCGCACUGGUCUACAGAGAAUAAAGAAAAGGUUCGAGUGUGUUUUCUUCUAUCAAGAUGGUGAAAGGAGACGUAAAUAAACCCAAGGGAAAGACGUCUGCGUACGCCUACUUCGUGCAGACGAGUCGCAAUGAGCACAAACGCAAGACUCCCGACGUUCCCGUCAACUUCUCAGAGUUCUCCAAGAAGUGCUCCGAGCGAUGGAAGGCCCUGAGCGCUUCAGAGAAGGGCAAGUUUGAAGACAUGGCCAAAGUGGAUAAAGUUCGCUACGACAAGGAGAUGAAGACUUACGUGCCGCCCAAAGGAGUCGGGAAGGCCAGCCGGAAGAAGAAAGACCCGAACGCCCCGAAACGCCCGCCAUCUGCGUUCUUCGUCUUCUGCUCGGAGUACCGGUCAACGGUGAGGAGCGAGAACCCGAGUCUGUCCAUCGGUGAGACCGCCAAGAAGCUGGGCGAGAUGUGGUCGAAGCAGAGCAUCUCCGACCGCGGGCCAUUCGAGCAGAAAGCCGUCAAACUGCGCGAGAAAUACGAGAAGGACGUGGCGGCGUACCGUGCAGGGGGCGAGGCCUCUAAGAAGGGUCCGGGUCGGCCGAUGGGUGCAACUAAAAAGGUCCUGGCUGCUGAUGAUGAUGACGACGACGAUGAUGAAGAGGAGGAUGAGGAAGACGAUGAUGAGGAGGAUGAUGAUGAUGAUGAGUAGAGUGUUUGUGUUGCAGCUUCACUGAUGCGAGACGGGCGAAGGGUUAUCUUGAGUUUUUCUUUAUGUACAUGUUUAACGCCUCCAGCAAUAACGCAAGUGUUCUGUUCUGUUUUUUGUUUGGGAUUUUUUUUUCUUUUUCUUAUUUUUGUACACGUUUAGCUGUUGAUUCAAUAGUGUAGAGGUGCUUUUUUUAUAAUAAAUUUUUUAAAGUUCAGAUAUUGUGCGUUUGCUGUGGUCUUUCUGAUUUAACUGAAUGUUUGAUGGUUUUACUGUAUAUUACAAAGAGGAAAUAAAUUGCGUUUCAAAAAUAA